GUUUUAUUAUAAAGUUAAAUUACAGUGUGCAGAAUUUCAUGUAUUAUUUUAAGAUAAACUUUAUUGAAGAUGAAUUCGGUACCGAUUGCGUUGAACAAGGCUGCUAUGCGCAAAUAUGAGGACUUAGAAGUACCUUGUGAUGACAUUCUGGCGGCUUAUGUGUGGGUGGAUGGCACAGGAAUAAAUCUUAGGUCUAAAGACAGGACGUUUGACUUCGUGCCGAAGACAAAUAAGGAUUUGCCCAUUUGGUACUUUGAUGGAAGCAACACUGCGCAGGCUAGCGCUGACAAUUCCGAUACGUUUAUCUUUCCAGAAGUUAUUUAUCACGACCCCUUUCGACGGGGAAGUCAUAUACUGGUCUUAGCUGAUACUUAUCAACAUAAUUAUCAACCUACUUCAACAAAUUACCGCAAAGGCUGUGUUAUUCUGACUGAAAAAGCUGACGUGGAAGAGCCCUGGUUUGGCUUCAACCAGGAGUUCUUUUUGACCACCACUGACUCGAGACCUCUGGGCUGGCCUCCUGGUGGAUUCCCAGCUCCUCCUGGGCCAUACUAUUGUGCGAUUGGAGCUAAUAAAAUCGUCGCUAGAGAUCUAAUGGAAGCUUUUUACAGAUGUUGCCUUUACGCUGGAAUACAUCUGAACGGUAUAAAUCCUGGCACUACGCCAUCGCAGUGGAACUUCCAGGUGGGUCCGAGUCCUGGAAUACGGGCAGCCGACGACCUCUGGAUGGCACGAUACAUCCUCGCUAGGCUGGCUGAAGAAUACGGCACCGUUGCGACAUUUGAACCACAACCAAUAGAAGACUGGCCUGGAAACGGCACUUUUGUUUACUUCUCUUCAAAGGAUAUGAGAGAAGAAGAUGGAAUAUUGGUUAUCGAAAGGGCGAUUGACAAGUUGGCUCGUCGUCACGGAGCUCACAUAAACGAAUAUGAUGCCAACAAUGGCGCUGACAACGCAAGACGGCUUACUGGGAAGAAUGGAAUGCCGAACAUGAGGGAUUUUACAGCUGGCGUUGCAAAUCGAAGCUGUUCAGUUCGCAUUCCGAGACAAGUAUCGGAAGAUAAACGGGGCUAUUUGGAGGACCGACGGCCCGCAGCAAAUGCUGACCCGUAUAGAGUGAUUUCAAUCUUGCUACGGACCUGCAUUUUCGAUGAAUGAAAUGGAAAAUUGUCGUUCAGUACAAUACUGUGUGAUUGUUUUGUACGUUUUGAUUGA